AUGGCCGCCAUACAUCGGCUGAAUGAAGACAUCAUCUACGACAUAUUUUCUCUCCUUGUUGCGAGCUCCUUUCGGUCCCCACUCGACAGCUGUCAUGCAUUCCGCGAGGGCACUACGUGGUUCUCGAUCACCGCUGUGUGCCGCCAAUGGAGACACGUAGCCUUUUCUGCUCCGAGUCUUUGGAAGGAGAUAGUGCUCACUAGGCGUACCCGUAGACCUCUGCUGGAAUUGUUCCUCAAGCGGUCGCGGGACAUAGAUUUGACUGUCCGCAUCGAAGGGCGGGUGACGACCUCCGGGAUAGAAUCAUUCGUCUGCUUGACUUCCAUGGUUUCACUUCAUAGCGUGCGGAUUUCAUCCUUCAGUGUUGAAGGAAUGAGUCCUGGAAAGAUGGUGGAAGUUUUGGCCCCAUUUACCAAUUGCGCAGCUGGGAGAAUGAAGACUAUUUCGUUAUCCGCAAGAAUCUACAGUACUUCAACGCGUCUCUGUGAUAUCCCCUCCCUGUUCGCCAACGGCACGCCGUCCCUUCGCUCAGUACAAAUGCUCGAUAUCUCGGUUCCUUGGAUGUUUUACGCAGGAUUGACCGAGAUUGUACUGAAGAACCAGCGACUCAGCUCGAUGAACGAUCUCAAGCGGAUGCUGCGGCGUUGCCCGGAUUUGCGCAUUUUGACGUUUGGCCUAUCGAAUCAUACACGUAUCCUGGCCCCGGCGACAGAUACUUCUGUAGUCGAUCUUCCUCAGCUCACCCAGCUGACUCUUUUCGGUCACCAUGGACCAGUGGCAGAAAUACUGACCCAAAUGGCAUUUCCAACGACGACCAGGAUCGGACUGGCCUUCGUGGAUCAUAUGAUAUCCUCGUCCUACAUUCGUUAUACUGACGGUUGUGAUGCCCUGUGUGAUAUCAUUCACAGUGUGAAUGACGCCACUCUAGACAUGCUUUCCUUGAUAGACUAUCGGAUCACAAUCUCGUCGAGCAAGGCAAAUUUUGCAGUGCAAUGGGAAUGGUCCUCAAGGUCAGUCGAUGACCCCCGUGAUUCCAUAUACUUGGCCCACAUCGGAGAUGUUGUCUCGUUCCCUACCUUGCGGAGCUUGACUAUCACGGGAUCUCGCCUCAUCCUCUCCGACAGAGACUGGUUGAAUAUCCUCGGGUUGGUGCCAUCCUUGAUGUCGCUUUGUCUCCAGAAUUGGUCCAGCGACGGAGCGGGCAUAUUUGAAGCUGUCGGGCAUGUCAUCCCCAUGGGAAGCACACACGGUCAUUUUUCUGUCUGUCCCUCUUUGAGCCAUCUCACUGUAUAUGAAAAUGAGGACAUCCCGGGCCUCUAUGACGCACUGCCUAUAAUUUUAUCAGUACUAUGCGCUCGCAAGGUGCACGAUGCUGCUCUUACGUGUGCGGAGUUUCAUGUCCAUCCGGACUCUGUUGGCGUGCUCUCGCAGGGACUCCAGGGAGUUGUCGAUCAGCUCGUUAUAACGCAGGUAGCACAACCCUAUGAUUGCGAACCUAUUUAG